AUGCCAACCCUUCCAAAAGCCAUCGACCCGGCCCUCCUCCUAGCCUACCUCUCCUCAAAGCAUCCUCAAGACAGUCAGUUCCUCCAAAUCUUCCAUAGUCUUCACCCUGCCAUCUCCACUGCCAACUCCAAUGAGUACCCCCUGCGACUCUACAUUGUCCAACAACCCGCGCCCGCCAAGCACCGUCGCUCCUACGUCGAGAUCAAGGACCUUCGCGCACUCUGUGGUCGUGAUCCUGCGACCGAUCUUGCGGUUUCUGUCUCUGAUGCCGCAGGUGCUGCUGCCCCAGGAGGUGAGGAGGGCGCCGCCAUGUCGGAUUUGAAGGACUCGGUACUGGUGAUGAGACGCAUCCUUGAGGCUCCGGUCUUGACGGCGGAGACGUUGGCGUGUUUGCCCGGGUCUGAUGGGUCCACUGCCGGGAGUGGGAGUGAUAGUAUGAGAGGGGAUGGAUCCAGCAAUGCUGGUGAUGAUACCAGCUCUUCUCUGGCCGAUGAUGAUAUGGCCGGUGGCAAUGGUUGCAGUGGUGGAGGAAUGGAGCUUUCAAAGAUGUUCUUAGAUGCGGAUCAUGUCGCGUCUUGGAUGUCCAACAGCGCCUCUGCCUAUAUUGAUAUGUGUAUGUCGAUGGGCAUUUCGGAUGGAUCAGACUCCGCGCCGCCUCCACCCUCGUCCACCAACACACCAGCCCAAUUGGUCCCCGAACAAGUCGACUACCAAUCCGACGGUGCCGCCGGCGACAUUUAUGACGACGAGGAUGAAGAUCCCACCAAUGACGAUACCCGUGAAGGAAAACGCGCCCGCCACUCCACAAACACCAUCAACCCGCACCAAGCUCUCCCCCCUUUCUUCCGUCCGCUCAUAAAAGACGGUAAAGUCCAGUUCGAGAUCUGGGUCGUCGCCUUCCUCAAGCCUCAGCUCCUCGCAGACCUUCCACCCAAGCCUUGUAUCGGAGGUGGGCCUCAUAUGCAGAGCAGUUCGCAGUGGACUGAGCGAGUGAACGAGUUGUUGGAUUCAACAGAGUUGCAGAGGUUUGUGACGAGCGAGGUUGCGGGGGGCCGGAUUGGGGUUGACUUCAAGAAGAUCAUGGCGGAAAAGAAGGAUGGAAGAAAGUCGACUCGUACUGUUAUCCGCUAA